AUGAUUAAUUCCACUGCUCGAUCACUAUCACCUAGUUAUAUAUGCUACAAUGAUCAACUUUGUGAUGGAUUCUAUCCAAACAAAUCAUUAAUUUCAUUUAAUAAUGCCACAUGUCGUCGUCCUGAAGAUUUUCCAUUAAAUUUUAAUUCGUUCGAGCUCAGUAGAGGUAUUUGGUUCAAUAUGUAUGUCUUACCACUAUAUGAACAUCUUUCUCAAUGCAAUAAAAUUCGUUUUAAUAAAUCUAUAAGUUGUAACAGUUUAACUAUGUACAAAUGUAUUAAUUCAUCAAAGUGUAUCUCAAAACAACGACUUUGUGAUACUAUUACAGAUUGCGAUUACAAUGAUGAUGAAGAAUGCAUUCAAAUUAAUGGUUCUUGUCUAUUAUUCGGAUUAGGUGAUCUUUUCAAAUGUACGAUAAAAAAUAUUUGUAUUUCUCCAGCAUUAGUUGACGAUAGAUGGUGCCAUUGUGGAUAUGAUCAAUAUGGUUUUUGUGAUGAUGAGGAGCUAAACAUUCAUUAUAUUAGAAAACAUAUAUCAUUUACAACUAUUUGUGAUGGUUUUACAGAAUUAAUACCUGUUACCAUUAAUGAACGAAGUGAAACAGAUGAAACAGAAUGUGAAUAUUGGAAAUGUAACAAUACAUAUACACGAUGUAAUGGUUUUUGGAAUUGUUUUAAUGGAGCUGAUGAAGUUGAUUGUUAUUCAUCAUCAUUAUCAUUUAAUUGUUCACAUCAACAUCAUUACAUUUGUGUUUCACCUUAUACAAAUCAAUUUAUGUGUUUACCUCUUGAAAAAGCGAAUGAUGGUCAAAUUAAUUGUCUUGGUGGUACUGAUGAACCUAAAUUAUGUCGAUCAAAUAAUUAUCAACAUAGUGAUGGUAAUUUUCAAUGCACCAUUGAUGCAAUUGGACAUUGUAUUAGUACCGCAAAAUUGUGCGUUGAAAGUAGUUGUCAAGAUGGAGCUGAUGAACAAUUUUGUGAUAAAACUCGAAAUAUCACACUAGAAUUUACUAUUUGUGAUGAAUACUAUGAAAAUAUUCGUUCUGAUGUCGAAAACUUCUUUUGUGCACGUCAAGUCGAUAGCAAUAAACCACCAUUAGUAUUCUUUUCACUUGGUAAAUUGAUGAAUUCAAGUGAUCAAAUGACACAACAACAUAGAAAUGAAAUUAUCUUACAUUCACCUACCAGACAAACAACUAUCCAACAGUAUCAGCAACAUUGUCAUCGUGGCCUUCCAUUACGAAUUUGGUUAAAUAUUAAUCAAAAUUUAACUACUAUCACAUGUCUUUGUCCACCUAGUUUUUAUGGUAAUAUGUGUCAAUAUCAAAAUCAACGUGUUAGUCUCACAUUACGAUUUCAAACAUUUUCUGAUUCUAGACGAACAUUAUUUGCAUUGAUUAUUUCACUUAUUGAUGAUACUUAUGAAAGAAUUAUUCAUUCAUAUCAACAACUUACUUAUCUUUAUAUUCGAGAUUGUCAAACAAAAUUUAAUAUUUAUUUACUUUAUUCAACUAGACCAAAAAAUUUAACAAAAAAUUAUUUUAUUCAUAUUGAUAUUUAUGAAAAAAUUUUACUUAUAUAUCGAAAAAGUUUUUUAAUUCCACUUAAGUAUCCAUUUUUACCUGUACAUCGUAUUGCUGUUCAGCUUAAUAUUCCACGUACAAAUGAUACAAAAGAAAAUUGUUUAGAUCAAUCAUGUAUACAUGGUCAAUGUAUUAAAUAUUUAAAUUAUCCAAAUGAUGAUAGUUUUUGUCAAUGUUAUCAUGGAUGGUCAGGAAAAUAUUGUACUAUUCCAUAUAUAUGUACAUGUUCAUCUGAUUCAUUAUGUGUUGGUAUAUCAUCAAAUAAUCGAUCUAUUUGUAUUUGUCCUGUUCAUAAAUGGGGUUAUCAAUGUUUACUUCAUAAUACAAUAUAUUAUAUGAAUCAAAAUUCUACUUGUCUGAAUAAUGGUGAAUGUAUACCUACGGAUGAAAAUAUCAUAUCUGAUAAACCAUUUAUAUGUAUUUGUCCAAAAGGAUUUAGUGGAGAAAGAUGUGAAAAUGUUGAUAAUACAAUAAUUCUAUCAUUUCAUAAAGAUAUUAUUUUACCACAAACAAUGUUUGUUCAUUUUAUUCGAAUAAUUGAUAAUGGUCCACAUGAAAAUGGUACUACUUUUAAAACUAUUCUUACUAAUCAAAAAUCAAUUACUAUUCAAUGGUCAUAUCCAUUUCAUGUUGCUUUUCUUGAUUUUUUCGAUAAUAACUACUAUUUAAUUACUGUUCAGAACAAAUAUAAUCCAUCAAUAACUAUAGUUCGAACAAUUACACCAUCAGAUCAUUGUAAAUAUAUAAGUGAAAUAUUCAAUGAGACUAUUGUCGAACUUCAUCCUCUUCGUCGUAUUAAAUAUUAUCAAUUGCCAUGUCAAAAUCGUUCAACACUUAUAUCUUGUUUCUACGAUGAUAUUCAUUUUUGUUUCUGUUAUGAUUAUGAUCCUCAACGUUUGACGAACUGUUUUGAGUUCAAUCAUGGAAUUGAACACAAUUGUUUUGGUCAAAGUAAUUGUGAAAAUGAUGCACAUUGUUUACAAAAUAAUGCAACUUGUCCACAAACAUCGAUAUGUGUUUGUCCAAAGUGUUUUUAUGGAGCACGAUGUCAAUUUAGUUCAAAUUUAUUUGAUCUUUCACUCGAUGCUAUCUUAGGUUACUAUAUUCAACCAUAUAUAAACAUUAAAUAUCAACCGUCUAUUGUACAAAUCAGUAUAGCAUUGACAAUGAUCAUGAUUAUAGUUGGAAUUACUGAUAGUAUUCUAUCGAUAAUCACAUUUAAAAAUAAAGAAACACGCAAAAAUGGUUGUGGUCUCUAUUUAUUUGUUUCAUCAGUUAUAACUUUACUCAUUAUGAUUAUUUUCGCAUUUAAGUUCUGGAUACUUAUCAUUGCAUAA